UUUGUAGGGUUUUAGGGUUUUUCAACUUUCCAUCGCUUUUCUGUAUCGAUCAGCCAAGUUGCUCUCAAGCUUCGACUCCAUGGACGCUUCAGCAUUAUCAAACCCUCAGUUACAACAAAUGAUCAAUCAAGAAAAAGAAAGGGCAAUGGCGACUGAGAUGAUAGCAAAGCUAACAAGUGCGUGUUGGGAUAAGUGCAUCACGGGAACUCCUGGAAGCAAGUUCAGUUCAAGUGAAUCGAGUUGCCUUUCAAACUGUGCUCAACGUUACAUGGACAUGAGUAUCAUGAUUGUCAAACGCUUUCAGUCAAUGCACUAAUGUUAUAAGGUUAGGACACAAAUAUAAUGUGAUCAUUGAAUUUUCAUAUAAGUAGCAAGUAACUUUCAUCCAUAAUUCAUACAUGAUGUGAUGAUGUUUUCUCCUUUUUUCGUUGAUGAGAAC